AUGAGUUGUGUGUCUCUGGCGUGUUGUGUGUCUGUGGGGUUGUGUGUCUGUGGGGUUGUGUCUCUGGCGUGUUGUGUGUCUGUGGUGUUGUGUGUCUGUGGAGUUGUGUGUCUGUGGUGUUGUGUGUCUGUGGUGUUGUGUGUCUGUGGUGUUGUGUGUCUGUGGAGUUGUGUGUCUGUGGUGUUGUGUGUCUGUGGUGUUGUGUGUCUGUGGAGUUGUGUGUCUGUGGUGUUGUGUGUCUGUGGAGUUGUGUGUCUGUGGUGUUGUGUGUCUGUGGAGUUGUGUGUCUGUGGUGUUGUGUGUCUGUGGUGUUGUGUGUCUCUGGCGUGUUGUGUGUCUGUGGUGUUGUGUGUCUGUGGAGUUGUGUGUCUGUGGUGUUGUGUGUCUGUGGAGUUGUGUGUCUGUGGUGUUGUGUGUCUGUGGUGUUGUGUGUCUGUGGUGUUGUGUGUCUGUGGUGUUGUGUGUCUGUGGAGUUGUGUGUCUGUGGAGUUGUGUGUCUGUGGAGUUGUGUGUCUGUGGUGUUGUGUGUCUGUGGUGUUGUGUGUCUGUGGUGUUGUGUGUCUGUGGAGUUGUGUGUCUGUGGUGUGUGUCUGUGGUGUUGUGUGUUUUGUGGUGUUGUGUGUCUGUGGUGUUGUGUGUCUGUGGUGUUGUGUGUCCGUGGUGUUGUGUGUCCGUGGAGUUGUGUGUCUGUGGUGUUGUAUGUCUGUGGUGUUGUGUGUCUGUGGUGUUGUGUGUCUGUGGUGUUGUGUGUCUGUGGUGUUGUGUGUCUGGCGUGUUGUGUCUCUGGCGUGUUGUGUGUCUGUGGUGUUGUGUGUCUGUGGAGUUGUGUGUCUGCGGUGUUGUGUGUCUGUGGUGUUGUGUGUCUCUGACGUGUUGUGUGUCUGUGGUGUUGUGUGUCUGUGGUGUUGUGUGUCUGUGGAGUUGUGUGUCUAUGACGUGUUGUGUGUCUGUGGUGUUGUGUGUCUGUGGUGUUGUGUGUCUGUGGAGUUGUGUGUCUGUGGUGUUGUGUGUCUGUGGUGUUGUGUGUCUGUGGUGUUGUGUGUCUGUGGAGUUGUGUAUCUGUGGUGUUGUGUGUCUAUGGUGUUGUGUGUCUGUGGUGUUGUGUGUCUGUGGUGUUGUGUGUCUGUGGAGUUGUGUGUCUGUGGUGUUGUGUGUCUGUGGUGUUGUGUGUCUGUGGGGUUGUGUGUCUGUGGUGUUGUGUGUCUGUGGUGUUGUGUGUCUGUGGGGUUGUGUGUCUGUGGUGUUGUGUCUCUGGCGUGUUGUGUGUCUGUGGUGUUGUGUGUCUGUGGUGUUGUGUGUCUGUGGUGUUGUGUGUCUGUGGAGUUGUGUGUCUGUGGAGUUGUGUGUCUGUGGAGUUGUGUGUCUGUGGAGUUGUGUGUCUGUGGUGUUGUGUGUCUGUGGGGUUGUGUGUCUGUGGAGUUGUGUCUCUGGCGUGUUGUGGGUCUGUGGUGUUGUGUGUCUGUGGAGUUGUGUGUCUGUGGUGUUGUGUGUCUGUGGAGUUGUGUCUCUGUGGUGUUGUGUGUCUGUGGUGUUGUGUGUCUGUGGGGUUGUGUGUCUGUGGAGUUGUGUCUCUGGCGUGUUGUGUGUCUGUGGUGUUGUGUGUCUGUGGGGUUGUGUGUCUGUGGAGUUGUGUGUCUGUGGGGUUGUGUGUCUGUGGAGUUGUGUGUCUGUGGUGUUGUGUGUCUGUGGUGUUGUGUGUCUGUGGUGUUGUGUGUCUGUGGUGUUGUGUGUCUGUGGAGUUGUGUGUCUGUGGUGUUGUGUGUCUGUGGUGUUGUGUGUCUGUGGGGUUGUGUGUCUGUGGUGUUGUGUGUCUCUGGUGUUGUGUGUCUGUGGGGUUGUGUGUCUGUGGUGUUGUGUCUCUGGCGUGUUGUGUGUCUGUGGUGUUGUGUGUCUGUGGAGUUGUGUGUCUGUGGAGUUGUGUGUCUGUGGUGUUGUGUGUCUGUGGUGUUGUGUGUCUGUGGGGUUGUGUUUGUGUGUCUGUGGAGUUGUGUGUCUGUGGUGUUGUGUGUCUGUGGUGUUGUGUGUCUGUGGGGUUGUGUGUCUGUGGAGUUGUCUCUGGCCUGUUGUGUGUCUGUGGUGUUGUGUGUCUGUGGUGUUGUGUGUCUGUGGGGUUGUGUGUCUGUGGAGUUUUGUGUGUCUGUGGUGUUGUGUGUCUGUGGUGUUGUGUGUCUGUGGGGUUGUGUGUCUGUGGAGUUGUGUCUCUGGCGUGUUGUGUGUCUGUGGUGUUGUGUGUCUGUGGUGUUGUGUGUCUGUGGGGUUGUGUGUCUGUGGAGUUGUGUGUCUGUGGGGUUGUGUGUCUGUGGAGUUGUGUGUCUGUGGUGUUGUGUGUCUGUGGUGUUGUGUGUCUGUGGUGUUGUGUGUCUGUGGUGUUGUGUGUCUGUGGAGUUGUGUGUCUGUGGUGUUGUUGUGUCUGUGGUGUUGUGUGUCUGUGGUGUUGUGUGUCUGUGGGGUUGUGUGUCUGUGGUGUUGUGUGUCUGUGGGGUUGUGUGUCUGUGGGGUUGUGUGUCUGUGGUGUUGUGUCUCUGGCGUGUUGUGUGUCUGUGGUGUUGUGUGUCUGUGGUGUUGUGUGUCUGUGGAGUUGUGUGUCUGUGGAGUUGUGUGUCUGUGGAGUUGUGUGUCUGUGGUGUUGUGUGUCUGUGGUGUUGUGUGUCUGUGGAGUUGUGUCUCUGGCGUGUUGUGUGUCUGUGGUGUUGUGUGUCUGUGGUGUUGUGUGUCUGUGGAGUUGUGUGUCUGUGGAGUUGUGUGUCUGUGGUGUUGUGUGUCUGUGGUGUUGUGUGUCUGUGGGGUUGUGUGUCUGUGGAGUUGUGUCUCUGGCGUGUUGUGUGUCUGUGGUGUUGUGUGUCUGUGGGGUUGUGUGUCUGUGGAGUUGUGUGUCUGUGGGGUUGUGUGUCUGUGGUGUUGUGUGUCUGUGGAGUUGUGUGUCUGUGGUGUUGUGUGUCUGUGGAGUUGUGUGUCUGUGGUGUUGUGUGUCUGUGGAGUUGUGUGUCUGUGGAGUUGUGUGUCUGUGGAGUUGUGUGUCUGUGGUGUUGUGUGUCUGUGGAGUUGUGUGUCUGUGGUGUGUGUCUGUGGUGUUGUGUGUUUGUGGUGUUGUGUGUCUGUGGUGUUGUGUGUCUGUGGUGUUGUGUGUCCGUGGUGUUGUGUGUCCGUGGAGUUGUGUGUCUGUGGUGUUGUAUGUCUGUGGUGUUGUGUGUCUGUGGUGUUGUGUGUCUGUGGUGUUGUGUGUCUGUGGUGUUUGUGUGUCUGGCGUGUUGUGUGUCUGUGGUGUUGUGUGUCUGUGGAGUUGUGUGUCUGCGGUGUUGUGUGUCUGUGGUGUUGUGUGUCUCUGACGUGUUGUGUGUCUGUGGUGUUGUGUGUCUGUGGAGUUGUGUGUCUGUGGAGUUGUGUGUCUAUGACGUGUUUGUGUGUCUGUGGUGUUGUGUGUCUGUGGUGUUGUGUGUCUGUGGAGUUGUGUGUCUAUGGUGUUGUGUGUCUGUGGUGUUGUGUGUCUGUGGUGUUGUGUGUCUGUGGUGUUGUGUGUCUGUGGUGUUGUGUGUCUGUGGUGUUGUGUGUCUGUGGAGUUGUGUGUCUGUGGUGUUGUGUGUCUGUGGUGUUGUGUGUCUGUGGGGUUGUGUGUCUGUGGUGUUGUGUGUCUGUGGGGUUGUGUGUCUGUGGUGUUGUGUCUCUGGCGUGUUGUGUGUCUGUGGUGUUGUGUGUCUGUGGUGUUGUGUGUCUGUGGAGUUGUGUGUCUGUGGAGUUGUGUGUCUGUGGAGUUGUGUGUCUGUGGUGUUGUGUGUCUGUGGUGUUGUGUGUCUGUGGGGUUGUGUGUCUGUGGAGUUGUGUCUCUGGCGUGUUGUGGGUCUGUGGUGUUGUGUGUCUGUGGAGUUGUGUGUCUGUGGAGUUGUGUGUCUGUGGAGUUGUGUGUCUGUGGUGUUGUGUGUCUGUGGGGUUGUGUGUCUGUGGAGUUGUGUGUCUGUGGUGUUGUGUGUCUGUGGGGUUGUGUGUCUGUGGAGUUGUGUGUCUGUGGGGUUGUGUGUCUGUGGUGUUGUGUGUCUGUGGUGUUGUGUGUCUGUGGGGUUGUGUGUCUGUGGAGUUGUCUCUGGCCUGUUGUGUGUCUGUGGUGUUGUGUGUCUGUGGUGUUGUGUGUCUGUGGGGUUGUGUGUCUGUGGAGUUGUGUGUCUGUGGUGUUGUGUGUCUGUGGAGUUGUGUGUCUGUGGAGUUGUGUGUCUGUGGUGUUGUGUGUCUGUGGUGUUGUGUGUCUGUGGUGUUGUGUGUCUGUGGGGUUGUGUGUCUGUGGAGUUGUGUGUCUGUGUGUGUGUGGUGUUGUGUGUCUGUGGUGUUGUGUGUCUGUGGUGUGUGUGUCUGUGGUGUUGUGUGUCUGUGGUGUUGUGUGUCUGUGGUGUUGUGUGUCUGUGGUGUUGUGUGUCUGUGGUGUUGUGUGUCUGUGGUGUUGUGUGUCUGUGGGUUGUGUGUCUGUGGGUUGUGUGUCUGUGGGGUUGUGUGUCUGUGGGGUUGUGUGUCUGUGGUGUUGUGUCUCUGCGUGUUGUGUGUCUGUGGUGUUGUGUGUCUGUGGUGUUGUGUGUCUGUGGAGUUGUGUGUCUGUGGAGUUGUGUGUCUGUGGAGUUGUGUGUCUGUGGUGUUGUGUGUCUGUGGUGUUGUGUGUCUGUGGAGUUGUGUCUCUGGCGUGUUGUGUGUCUGUGGUGUUGUGUGUCUGUGGAGUUGUGUGUCUGUGGUGUUGUGUGUCUGUGGUGUUGUGUGUCUGUGGGGUUGUGUGUCUGUGGAGUUGUGUCUCUGGCGUGUUGUGUGUCUGUGGUGUUGUGUGUCUGUGGAGUUGUGUGUCUGUGGGGUUGUGUGUCUGUGGAGUUGUGUGUCUGUGGUGUUGUGUGUCUGUGGUGUUGUGUGUCUGUGGUGUUGUGUGUCUGUGGUGUUGUGUGUCUGUGGUGUUGUGUGUCUGUGGUGUUGUGUGUCUGUGGUGUUGUGUGUCUCUGGUGUUGUGUGUCUGUGGUGUUGUGUGUCUGUGGGGUUGUGUGUCUGUGGUGUUGUGUCUCUGGCGUGUUGUGUGUCUGUGGUGUUGUGUGUCUGUGGGGUUGUGUGUCUGUGGAGUUGUGUGUCUGUGGGGUUGUGUGUCUGUGGAGUUGUGUGUCUGUGGAGUUGUGUGUCUGUGGUGUUGUGUGUCUGUGGUGUUGUGUGUCUGUGGAGUUGUGUCUCUGGCGUGUUGUGUGUCUGUGGUGUUGUGUGUCUGUGUAA